AUGACUCCACGAUGCUGCAUCCUGGCUGUAUCAGCCGCUCUCUGCAUCCUCUUGUUCCUCUGCUCACACGGAGCCCCAGUGUCCCCCACAGACACUCAUCUGAUGCUGUGCCAGCCACACAGGAGAUGUGGGGACCAGUUCUAUGACCCCUUGCAGCACUGUUGCUAUGAUGAUGCUGUGGUACCCUUGGGCAGGACCCGAAAGUGUGGCAACUGCACAUUCAGGGUCUGCUUCGAGCAGUGCUGCCCAUGGUCAGUUAGGAGGCCCCAGGAAUCCUUCGUGGUGAAGGUGAAAGGUCAAAACUGUUACUUGGCCCCAUCCUCAGAUGAUAGGAUUUGUCGCAGGUAAGGUUCUGGUCCUUCCAAGGGAUGAGGGGGUGCAGGAGAGCAGGGAGUGUCUGGAUGCCUGUUCUAUGACUCAACCCCCCCAGCACUUUUCUCCGUAUCCUUCUGUCCCUGUCCACCCACUCUAUUCAAUCUACUUCUCUCUUUUUCUCUGCUUGUUUCUUUCUCC